UCAGGAUCAAGAUUGCUUCUUUGUUUUGAUUUGGGAAUUUUUGCAGAGUUAAUAAUAACACAUUUACGCAGGAAAGGGAAGUAAAGGAAAGGAAAGGAAAGGAAAGGAAAUACUUCUGGUUCAAGGGAAGGAAAAGUGAGUGCUGGUUGAUCAAGUCAAGUCAUCUCUUUCUCUGUUUGUGCAGCAGAGUAGAGUAAGUAAAGGGUUUGGAUUAUUUCUAGAAAUGGCAAUGGAGAGGAAGGAAUGAAACAGAGCUGAAGAAUAUAAUAUUAAUUAAGCUAAUAAAGAUGAAUAAUUGAGAAUCAACAAUUAGAAAGGUAUUCUGUUUUUACCCUUUUCUCAGCUCUUAGUUCAUUUAGAAACUACAUCUGAACUUUUCGAGGAUUCCAAUUUUGGUAACUCAAAGAUCUCAACUUUGGGUUUUCGCGUCUUGGUCUGAUUCAGGUUCUUAUCCUGCUUGUUGAAUGGUUCUGAGCUGUGAGAGUGGCCGUGUGAUUACAAGGAGAUGAGUCACACGACAUACGAGAGUGAUGAUGGGGUGCUCUCCAAGGAUCAGGCUGAAUCCGCAUUGGCUGAGGAAGGUAGCUGUGGAGGAAGUGGAAAUGGAGGAGUUGUGCUGAAGAAAGGGCCAUGGACAUCUGCUGAAGAUGCUAUUUUGAUAGAAUAUGUGAAGAAGCAUGGGGAAGGGAACUGGAAUGCCGUUCAGAAGCACUCAGGGCUUUCCCGGUGUGGCAAAAGCUGCAGAUUACGGUGGGCCAAUCACCUGAGGCCUAAUUUGAAGAAAGGGGCAUUUACUCAAGAAGAAGAACAACUAAUCAUUGAACUCCAUGCCAAGAUGGGAAACAAAUGGGCACGCAUGGCUGCACAUUUGCCUGGUCGUACAGACAAUGAGAUAAAGAAUUACUGGAACACCCGAAUUAAGAGGCGUCAACGGGCUGGGUUGCCUCUCUAUCCUCCUGAAGUCUCUUUGCAAGCAUUGCAGGAGAGCCAACGAGGCCUGAACAUUAGUGGAAUCAAUACUGGGGACAAAGGUCAUCAAGAUCUUUUUCAAACCAACAGUUAUGAGAUACCUGAUGUUAUUUUUGACAGUUUAAAGGCUAACCAUAGCAUCUCAUCAUAUGUCCCUGAACUUACUGAUAUCACUGCAAGCAGCAUACUAAUGAAAGGUCUUGGCUCUUCUCAAUAUGGUAGUUUCAUGUCACCAACAAUGCAUUGCCAAAAGCGUCUUCGAGAAUCAACAACCUUAAUUCCUGGUUACGGUUGCAGUGUAAAACCUGAUUUCCCUCUCUUUGACCAGUUUCAGGAUAAUUCUUGUGAUAAAGUUGCUCAAUCCUUUGGGUUGUCUUUUCCAUUUGAUCCUGAUCCCACCAACAAGAACGCACAGUCCUUUGGUGACAAUCAAGGCAGCCAUACCUUUGCAAAUGGCAAUUUCUCUGCUUCUAAGCCCACCUCUGGGCUUGUGAAGAUGGAGCUCCCUUCACUCCAAUAUCCAGAAAAUGAUUUAGGUAGCUGGUUGACAUCCCCACCACCUUUACUUGAAACUGUUGACACGUUUAUCCAGUCUCCACCUGCAGGGGCAGUUGAGCCUUCUCCGCGUAAUAGUGGCCUAUUGGAUGCUUUACUUCAUGAGGCUAAAACUCUAAGCAGUGCAAAGAAUCAUUCAUCUGAAAAGAGUUCAAAUUCAUCUACUGUUACUCCUGGUGAGCUUGAUGAAAGUUCUGCCCUGAAUAUUUGCAAGGCAGAAUGGGAAGACUAUGGUGAUCACCUUUCCCCAUUGGGUCAUACUGCAACUUCCCUUUUCAGUGAGUGUACUCCUAUAAGUACCAGUGGAAGUUCUUUGGAUGAACCACCAGCUACUGAGAAGUUCACUGGUUGCAAUGUAAAAUCAGAACUGACUGAUCAAGCUUGGAGUCCAGAAAGAGAGAAAGAAACCACUAAUCGGUUGGACAUCACUCGCCCAGAUGCUUUACUUGCUUCUGAUUGGCUUGAACAGGGUUCUGGUUAUAUUAAGGACCAAGUCAUUAUUACCGAUAACAUAGUGACCCUGCUUGGUGAUGAUCUGAGCAGCGAUUAUAAGCAAAUGUCUGCUGGAGCUUCCACGUCAAAUCAAGGAUGGGGGCUUUGUUCUUGUGCAUGGAAUAACAUGCCUGCUGUCUGUCAAAUGUCUGAACUCCCUUCAGAAAACUGCUAUCUAUCAAAUUUAUGAACUUUUGAUACUUUUGUUGCUUCAUUUGUAUUGAUCAUAUCUUCAAUUUGGGUAGUCAGGUCUGUGCCUGGUACCUGCUUGACCAAGAAAAGGUCAUUUAAGGCAAAACUUGUGGUACAAUAUGUCUGAUUCAAGGUUUUUAUUUGUGGCUUUUGGUUUCUUCCUUUGUGAUAGAGGGCAAUGCAUGUAUGCCAACACGGAACUUAAUGAGGUAUACAAAUGCAUCGUGGACUUUUUUAAAUUUGUAGAACAACAAUGCACUUCAACUCAUGAUUUUUGGUCA